UGCAAUUCUAAAUCAUGGAGGCCAAUCAGGAAAUGUCUCUCUUCUUGGUGAAGAUCCUGGAGGAACUAGAUAGCAAGCAAAACACCGUGUCCUAUCAGGACCUGUGCAAAUCACUGUGCACCCGCUUUGACCUGUCGCAGCUGGCCAAGCUGAGAAGCAUGCUCUUCUACACGGCUUGUCUCGAUCCCAAUUUUCCAGCCACCUUAUUCAAAGACAAGAUGAAAUGCACCGUGAAUAACCAGCAGUCAAAGAAAAUCAUGGUGGCAGCAGAUAUUGUGACCAUCUUCAACCUGAUCCAGAUGAACGGGGGAGCCGCCAAGGAGAAGCUGCCCACGGGCCACCAGAAGGUGCGCAAGAAAGAGCACUCCUUUGACUCAUGCAGGUCAGACACAGAGAUCUGCAAUGCGGCUGAGUGUGAGCCCCUGAACUGUGAGCUGAGCGAGCGGCCCUUCAGCCGGGGCUACCCCACCAGGCAGUCGUCCAAGUGCCGGAAGAUGGACUGCAAGGACUGCCCGCAGUUUGUCCCUGCCUCCGAGCCCAACUUCCUGUUGGGAGUCAGCAAGGAGGGGAAGAACCGGGCCGCCUCCCUGGACAGGCUGCAGGCCCUGGCCCCAUACUCUGUCGCCAGCCCUCAGCCCUGUGAGAUGCAGAGAACCUGCUUCCCCAUGAACAUUGAGAACGAGUCCAUUUCGGAUCAAGACUCCCUGCCCCUCAACCAGGGCAUCAAGGAGACCUUCAUUUCCAAUGAGGAGCCAUUCGUGGUCCAGUCCUGUGUCCAGAAAAGGAAUAUUUUUAAAGAGGAUUUUCAUAAUUUGAUAGCAGCGUCCCCUGGUUUGGUAGGUCCUGCUAACAAAGUGGCAGGUGAGCACAGGGAGCCCCAGAAUCGAAAGGAGCCGCACAAGCCCUUCUUUAAUCACAGUUUUGAAAUGCCCUACCACAGCCAGUACCUGAAUCCGGUGUAUUCUCCCGUUCCUGACAAAAGGCGGGUAAAGCACGAAAGCCUAGAUGAUCUUCAAGCCUCUACGUAUUUUGGACCCACUACAGUGAUGGGGGCCCAGGAAGCCAGGCGGUGUCCAGGGAGGCCAAGCAGGCAGACACCCUGGCCAGCCAAAAGCUGGAGCCUGAACACUGAAGAAGUUCCUGACUUUGAACGGUCCUUUUUCAACAGAAAUCCUUCCGAGGAGAAGCUACACUAUCCAAAUUCCGGCAGCCAGUCCCCCAAUUUCCCAACCCCAGACAGGUGCCAGGCUUACCUUGUACCAAAGGAUCAGCAGCCCAUGAUCCCUGUUGGCUAUGCAUCGAAAGUGAACGGGCUCAAAUCUAAAGAGAUCUCGUCCUCAGUUGACCUGGAGAAGCACGAACCAGUCAAAAAGUUUAAAGACAAGAGCAUUAGCUGCACCAGCGGGCAGCUCAGCUCAGACACCAGUAGCGUGGGCACCCAGACCGAGCAGCACGUGCUGGAGCCCAAGAAGUGCAAAGACUUGUGCAGCUCUGGUCAGGGCAAGUACGGCGACAGGCACUCCGUGAAGCAGUCAGAUGAUGACUCAGAAAUCGUCAGCGAUGACAUCAGUGACAUUUUCCGAUUUCUUGAUGACAUGAGUAUCAGUGGCUCAACGGGAGUGAUACAGUCAUCCUGCUACAAUAGCACAGGGUCCUUGUCUCAGCUUCAAAAGUCAGACUGUGACAGUUCUCCGGAGCACAGCCUAACCCAAAUCACCAAUGGGGUCCCCAAUAGCAAGAAAGACAAGUGCAACCGGCCCGAAAGCAUCCACCGCUCGGAAGAAGAGUUGAAGACCAGCGUGUGCAAGCUGGUGCUGCGGAUCGGUGAGAUUGAACGGAAGCUCGAAUCUCUGUCGGGUGUGCGUGAGGAAAUAUCCCAGGUCUUGGGCAAGCUAAACAAGCUGGAUCAGAAAAUGCAGCAACCCGAGAAGGUGAGUGUGCAGAUAGAUCUGAAUUCCUUGACGAGCGAGCCUCCGUCCGAGGACAGUGCCUCUCCUCGGAUGUUCCGUGCGCACAAUGGCUCCCAUGGACCUAAACUGGAGAACAAUGCGGACUGGUGCUGUUCCGAUGCUAGCGGAAGCAACAGUGAAAGCCUUCGCGUCAAGGCCUUAAAAAAAAGCCUCUUCACCAGGCCAUCCUCCAGGUCCCUGACCGAGGAGAACAGUGCCACGGAAUCCAAAAUCGCCAGCAUCUCCAACUCGCCCAGAGACUGGCGCACCAUCACGUACGCCAACCGCAUGGGCCUCAGUGAGGAGGAGACAUCGGACAGAGGCCCAGGGGACAGUAAGGACUGGCACCGAAAAUCGAAAGAGGGAGACAGGCAGUACGACAUCCCCCCACAGCACCGCCUGCCCAAGCAGCCCAAAGACGGCUUCCUGGUGGAGCAGGUGUUCAGCCCCCACCCCUACCCCGCCUCCCUCAAAGCCCACAUGAAGAGCAACCCCCUGUACACGGACAUGCGCCUAACGGAGCUGGCCGAGGUGAAGCGGGGCCAGCCUUCCUGGACCAUCGAGGAGUAUGCACGGAACGCGGGGGAGAAGGGCAAGCUGACAGCCCUGGACCUGCAGACGCAAGAAUCUUUAAACCCAAACAACUUAGAAUAUUGGAUGGAAGAUAUUUAUACUCCAGGCUACGAUUCAUUACUAAAACGUAAAGAAGCCGAGUUCAGACGAGCCAAGGUCUGCAAGAUAGCUGCUUUGAUUGCCGCUGCCGCAUGCACGGUCAUCCUCGUCAUUGUCGUGCCCAUCUGCACCAUGAAAUCAUGAGCCUGUGGGCACA